CAUUAGCUGAAGCGGGGAAUUCAAACCAAAGAGCUGAAGAUAAAUUUAAAGGACCCGUUUUGCUGUCAGUUGCACUGGUUGGCAUAGCGAGCUGCAGGAGACCCAAUUCAGACGCAGCAGCACACACCAAGGUUGGAACACAGCCUGAAGGAGAAUAGACCACCAUCCAUGGCUUCAACAACAACAGGAAUUGACAGCAAUGACGACUUUCCGAUUACCACAAUUCUUGACUACAGCCAUCUGUAUGACUAUGAUGAAGAAUCAAGUGGAAUGUGCAGGAAAUCAGAUGUUAGGCAGUUUGCUCAGCAUUUCACACCACCUUUCUACACCAUUGUGUUCCUGUUAGGCUUCGUUGGGAAUAUACUAGUAGUGGUGAUAUAUGCUCUCUACAAGAGAUUGAAGAACAUGACAGAUGUCUAUCUUCUGAACCUGGCUAUUGCAGACCUCCUCUUCCUCUGCACUCUACCAUUCUGGGCUCUAGAUGCAAGAUUCGGCUGGAUAUUUGGAAACUUCGUGUGCAAAACAGUUAGGGGCCUUUACAAGAUAAACUUCUUCAGUUGCAUGCUGCUGCUAACUUGCAUCAGCAUCGAUCGCUACAUCGCCAUUGUAAAAGCAGUAAAGGCACGCGUCUCAAAACAGAAAAUAUUUCUUCACAGCAAACUAAUCUCUCUAGUAGUCUGGGUGACUGCAGUAUUAUUAUCGCUCCCCGACUUUCGUUACAGUUCGCAAAAUGAGGGCCAACAGAGCUGCUCAACAAACUAUCCUGGCAACAUCCUGAAAGUAGCAGGGCUGGCAGUGCAGAUUACUGUUGGGUUUUUUCUGCCUUUUGCUGUCAUGCUGUUCUGUUAUUCCACAAUCAUUUGGAAGCUGCUCCAGGCCAAGAACUUUCAGAAGCACCGAGCUAUAAAGCUGAUAGGCACAGUGGUGAGCGUUUUUGUCCUUUCACAAUUACCAUACAACAGCAUGAUGAUCGUGAAAGUCAUGGACGCUGCCAAUAUAACAAUAACGGACUGUGAGACGCUUAAGAAUGUGGACAUUGCUACCGAGAUCACACAAAGCGUAGCUUUCCUGCACUCCUGCCUGAACCCGUUCCUCUAUGCAUUCCUCGGCGUUAGAUUCCGACAAGAUUUGUUGAGAAUUAUGAAAGAUAUAGGCUGUGUGGGCCAACGGCAUCUCAGGGAAGCCAGCAGACCACAACAGACCAUAUGGAAACGCAGCUCUGUUCAUUCAGAAACAGACACUACUGGGACAUUGUCCUUGUAAACACCAUUCAUAGAAGCUGCAGCUCAGGAGCACAAAUAUUUGCAGAAUUUCUCUCUUUGUUAUCUGCGCCUGAAAGGCCAGAACUGCUGAAGAGUAUUGUUUUAGUUAUUUUGUACCCCCCGCCACCCCCCCAGCCAACUUGACUGGAAGUUUACCAAUUAGAUCUGGGCAAGCAGUUUUCAGAGUGACAACUAGAGUGCAACAGGGAAAAUCAUUCUUCUUGUUAAAAGUUUCAAUCGAACCUCAAACUUUGGAACUCAUUUACAGAAAACCAAAAGUAACAUUCGGCAGUGUGAUGACGACUUGCUUCAGGACUGAAUCAGCAGAACCGUGAGCAGAAAAGAAACUGGUUAGCAUUUACAAUUCUCCCACUGUGACAAGCGCCCCCAUUAUAACUUGUCAGCAACGUACACACACAAAGUAAUUUCACACGAUAAAACUGUAAGCGAUUGCACCGUGGCUGGGACGCUCAGAAAAUCUCCUCUUGGUUAACGAUGACGGAAAAAAAAAGAGCGAUCACAAUGAUGAGUGAAGUGGCUCGUGGAUUGAAAUUUACAAAUUA